AUGUGGGGGAACGAGGCCUGGCUUUAUACUUUACAACUCACAAAACGGCUCAUUCCACUCUACCUCGACACUUUCCAUAACGACGACAACAUGUCUGCUCCCCUUGAGGAUGGCACCAACAUCGGCGGCGGCCUCGCGCGCAAGGCGUCGGUGCACCGCACGGCUGAGCCGCUUUCUAUGGAGCGCACCGAGUCGAGCGGCUCGAAUCGUCGCCCAUCCAGUGGCCCUUCCUCCCGCAAGAGCAGCUUUGGCCCCGACGGCAUCGGUGGCAUUGUCGGCGGCAUGGGCAUGACUGCGAUCGGGGAUGACAAGACGCCCAACCGUAGCCGCAGUAACUCGCGCCGCGGAUCGGGUUCGUUCUCGACCCCUAGCGGAACCCAGGUCGUGUACCACACGCGUACCCAGGAUGAGCUGAACGAGUUCCCGCACCCCGAGAAGAAGACAAUCCGGGACCACCUGCGCAAGUAUGAGGCGCUGCUUACCGUGUCCGCACCUCGCAUGCGCAUGAUCGUCAGCGCGUUCGAGGAGACGCUCGAGAAGGGCCUUGUAAAGUACGGAGAGGUUGUGCCGAUGAUCCCGACCUACGUGUUCGGGUGGCCAACCGGGAACGAGACGGGCGAGUUUCUUGCGGUCGAUCUCGGAGGCACCAACCUCCGUGUGUGUCUGGUCACGCUCGAGGGCCAAGGCAAGUUUGAGGUCACGCAGACCAAGUACCGCCUCACUGAGGAGCAGAAGCAGGAGGACGGCGAGAAGCUCUUUGACUUCUGUGCCGAGUGCUUGCACUCGUUCAUCUGCGACAACCUCGGACGUGACGAGAACGCCGACCACCUCCCGCUCGGCUUUACGUUCUCGUACCCGUGCGAGCAGAGACGUAUUGACCACGGCGAGCUGAUCAGGUGGACCAAGGGCUUCGGUGCGCCGGGUGUCGAGGGACACGACGUCGCCGCGCUCUUUGCCAAGUCGCUCUCAAAGUUCAACGUACGCGCCAAGCUCACAGCCCUCAUCAACGACACGACCGGUACGCUCAUUGCCUCCAACUAUGUCGACCCAAACACCCGCAUCGCGUGCAUCUUUGGCACCGGUUGCAACGCCGCGUACAUGGAGACUGCGGACUGCAUCCCGAAGAUUGCCGACAUGGGCCUGCCUCCCGACCAGCCCAUGGCGAUCAACUGCGAGUGGGGCGCGUUCGACUCGUUCGAGCACCAGCACCUGCCCCGCACCAAGUACGACAUCAUCAUCGACGAGAGCUCGAACAAGGUCGGCGAGCAGGCUUUCGAGAAGAUGAUCGCGGGCCUGUACCUCGGCGAGAUCUUCCGCCUGAUUCUCUGCGAGCUUAUCGACCAGGGAGACCUCUUCCUUGGCCAGAACACGUACAAACUUGAGAAGGCUUACGCGUUCGACACUGCAUUCCUCUCUCUGAUGGAGAGCGACCCGACCGAUGAGCUGCUCAUGUCGAUCGGCAUCUUCAACCACUUCUUCGGCGUCGAGACGACCAUCGAGGAGCGCCAGUUCUUCCGCGAGCUCGCCAAGCUCAUCGGCACUCGCUCGGCGCGUCUCUCGGCAUGCGGUAUCGCUGCCAUCGUGAGCAAGAAGGGGUACCUCGAGAAGGGCUGCAGCGUUGGCGCCGACGGUUCGCUUUACUCCAAGUACCCUGGAUUCGCGAAGCGGCUCCAGGGUGCGCUCGUCGAGAUCUUCGGCGAGGCCGGUAAGAAGAUUACGACCCACGCGGCCGAGGACGGCUCAGGUGUCGGGUCGGCCAUCAUCGCCGCCAUGACCGUCAAGCGCAAGGCCGAGGGCAUCUAUGUUGAUUACUAG